ACACGACCAGGAAGAACUGCAUCAACUAGUCUAGAGCAGCUAGAGUUAUAAGGUCAACUGGUCACAAGAGCAGAAACGACAGCGGACCCUCGACUAACCAGUACGCACACCGUUUCCUUCUCCCCCUCCCAUCUCCGAAGGCGCACACUAUCAAUAAAGAUGGCUCAAGCAUUUGCAACGGCCCUUGCAAGGCAGCAAGCAGCCGCCAAGCUCACUCCGAGCUCCAUCAUGAUUCCCAUUAUCCUCCGCACCUUCUCGCCCCUACCCCCGCUCCUUUCGUUUGCCCUACCGGCCAACGCCACCAUUGGGCUGAUCCUCUUGACGCUCAUCCAGCAGCUCCGGCUGCCCGCCAAGGUGGCCCAAAUGCUGCGUCUCACGCGUCUCGGCGGCCAGAGCGUGGCCACCAACACGACCGUUGGCCAGCUCGGGGGCAUGCAGCUCGUGCAGACGGCCCAGGGCCCCGCGUAUGCGGUCCAGCCGCUCAACCUCGAGGUGCGCAUGGGCAUCCGCGGCGGAAAGGGCGGCUUUGGCUCCAUGCUGCGCGCCCAGGGCGGCAAGAUGAGUGCAGGUCGGCGCAAGAACGGCGAGGAGAACAACGAUAGCUGCAGGGACCUCAAUGGGCGCAGGCUCAGCACGAUGAAGCAAGCCAAGCUCCUCGCAGAGCACCUGGCCUCGCAGGACGAGCGGAAGCGCGAGAUGGACAUGAAGCAAAAGGCAAAGUACGCCAAGCUGGAAAAGAUGCUGGGAAGGAAACCGAGCGGGGCAAAGGACUUUGAGGAGGCGGCAAGAAGGCUCGACGAGCAGGGCGGUGCGCUCGACGACGACGACAGCGACGGGGUGGAACGAGAAGAGGGAGACGACAAGGGCGAGGGCAGUUCGAAAGGCUCAGGAGGAGGUAGUGGCAUUGGCAGCGGCGUGACAGCAACCAAGAAGAAGGGCAAUGAGCAAAGGGGAACGAAGCGUGAGCGAAUCGACGACCACGAGUACAUUGAGCAGAGCAGGGAGAUUGUCGACAAUGUCCGAAGUGCCGUGGCGGCAGCCAUGAUGAAGAACAAGAAGAAGAAAAAGACAACAAAGCAGACUACCGCUUCUCCAAGCCACGGCGAAGCUUCUGCAUCUGCAUCCCAACCCAAGGCUCAGACUGCUUGAUGCAGCUUGGGAGUUGUGCCACAUCUUACGAUUCGUUAUUCCCCACAUUGCAACCUUUUGUUACAUAAACGCCUCGCUUUCAGACCUAUACGACACAAUGAUGCCAUGAUUAGAUCACUACU